CGCAAAAUUUGUAAUGAUGUCAUGUUGCAGCUGUUGCAGGUCACCGUACAGGAGGUCCGACGUGUUAAAGAAUGCCUUCCUCAGGGAUACGGGAAAUCCAGACAGUGCAGCGAGGAACAUCAGGUCACUGUCGGGAUCAUGUCACCUCCACCAUCUCACAACCUGGUCCCUGAUGAAGAAGCCAGAGGCGACAGUGGAAGAAGAAAACCCCCGAAGACGACAUAAAGGAAGAAAACCAACGCCGAGCAGAAAGCCUGCGUCCACGCCGAGCGUUCACGUUGGAGGUCACAUUGCUGAAAGGAAGCGGCGAAGUCAGCAGUCUGACUGGAAGGAGAUGUCUUUCCUCCAGAACAGCUGAUCCGAGCCGGAGUAGGAGACGGAGCCGGAGUCCCCGCCUGGCACGGGAUGGCAUCUGCCCGGCAGUAUGGUCGCUCGGCCAGGGACAUCGCCAGCGUGAUGCAGAGGCUGCAGGACGAGCAGGAAGCUGUACAGAAGAGGACUUUUACAAAAUGGAUCAACUCCCAUCUGGCAAAGAGGGACCCGCCCAUGGUGGUGACUGACCUGUACGAGGACAUUAAGGAUGGAGUGAUGCUCUUAGCUCUUCUGGAAGUUUUGUCUGGACACAAACUGCCUUGCGAGCAGGGCCGCAAGCUCAGAAGGAUCCACUGGCUGGCCAACGUGGGAACGGCGCUGCACUUCCUGGAGGGCAGGAGGUCUGUGUAUAGAGGAUCUCCGAUCAAACUGGUGAACAUCAACACCACGGAUGUUGUAAACGGCAGACCCUCCAUUGUCCUUGGCUUGAUAUGGACCAUCAUAUUAUAUUUCCAGAUUGAGGAACUCACCAGCACACUCCCACCUCAGAACGUUCAGACCAGCAGCACGUCCUCGGUGGACAGCUCCAACAGCACAGAGGCGACCAGCCCGCCUGUCAAACGCAAGCCCCGCCUCUCCUUCCAGGGCGGAGCCAAGAAGGCCCUGCUUAAAUGGGUUCAGAAAACCGCUACCAAGAGACUGGGUCUGGACGUCAGGGAUUUCGGUCCAAGCUGGCGUUCCGGUGUAGCGUUCCACGCCGUCAUCUUCGCCCUGCGUCCUCAGCUGGUGGACAUGGAGCGCGUGUGGAACCAACCCAACAGAGCCAACCUGGAGGAGGCGUUCUCAUUGGCCGAGAGAGAGCUGGGCAUCCCGCGCCUGCUGGACCCUGAGGACGUGGACGUUGACAAACCAGACGAAAAGUCCAUCAUGACGUACGUGGCUCAGUUCCUGAAGCAUCAUCCCGAUGCGGAGACAGAGAGCGUCAGACAUGAGGAGGAGCGUGAACAGAGGAGCGUUCUGAGGGAGCUGAAGGUUUGGGCCGAUCAGAUGGACAGGGACUGUGCCGAGGCUCAGACAGACUCCAGGGAUCCCGGUCAGCAGUAUCAGGUGUUUAAGCAUUACCGUGUGCAGUAUGAGAUGAGGAGGAGACAAGUGGAGUCCUGCAUUCAGUCCACUCAGAAGGACGGCAUGCUCACUUCAGACCAAGCUCUGGUUAAACAGGCCUGGGAGAGACUAUCUGCUAGGCUCCUGGAGUGGCAUAUGCAGCUAGAUGGCGGGUUGCCAGAUCCUUUGUGCUCUGUAGGUGUGUGGCUGCAUCAGGCAGAGAAGAUCCUCCAAGAGGACCUGCUUCUCCAGCAGAGUCACGAGGAGACCGCCAACGCUAUCCACCGAACACGGCAGCUCCAUCAGGAGAUCCUCUGCCUCGUCGAAACGCACCAGCAGACGUUCCAGUCUUUCCACAGGGACCGGGGCGUCGGCGGCGUUCCCGUACCUGCCGAGCAGCUCCAAGACAUGGCAGAGAGAUUAAACUACAUAUCCUCCACCUCACACGUUCACCUGAGCAAACUGGAGUUCUGGGAGUCCAGGUACCGCAUGCUGGACUUCCUGUCGCUGGGCGAAUCCAAGCUGAAAUCCUGGAUCAUUAAAUACGGCCGACGGGAAACAACCGAGCUGCUGCUCCACAGCUACGUGUCGUUUGUCGAAGGUGAGCAAUUCUUCCAAAAGUAUGACUCCGUGUACGAGGCUCUGAAGCGGACCGCAGUGGCUUACAUAAGCACCGACGCUUCAGUGGAGAAGAGGGUGAAGCGCUUCCUGAGGGACGUAGCCGAUCAGUGGAGGAGUCUGGCGGUGGAGAUGCGCAGCGUCAGGUCCAUGCUGGAGGAGGUGCAGGGGAACUGGGAGAAGUACAGCAGCUGUGUGGAGUCUCUGCAGGCCUGGCUGGAGGACGCAGAAGGAGCCCUGAGACAGCCGGAGAACACUAAACGAGAGUUCUUCAGGACUCUCCCACACUGGAUGGAGAAUCACGCGAGUAUGAAUGCAGCAGGUAAUUUCCUCAUUGAGACGUGUGAUGAAACGGUGGCUCGUGACCUGAAGCAUCAGCUGCUGCUCCUCAACGGGAGAUGGAGAGAUUUAUUCAGUAAAGCCAAACAGUACGCUUGCGUUCACGAGACUCAGACUCACAGCGAGGCAGAGCUGCAGGAAGCCGUUGCGGCUCUCCGAGACUUUCUGGAAACUUCUACGACCAAACUGACCUCACCUGUCCAGGUGUCGCUGCCGGACGUCAGAGCGUUUAUGAGGAAUGUUCAGGAGAUCAAGCACAGGCUUCCAGCGAUGGAGGUGAGAUACAAAACAGCCGCUCGCACGGCCCAGGUCUGGAUCAGAGACUCCAGCGGUGCGGAUGGAAAGCAGGUCCUCAUUACCAUGGCAUCCAUCAAAGGACAGCUAUACAAGAUGAAGGAGAAAUGUCCUUUGGUGCUGAGAGAGUGUCACACCGUGCUUCCUGUGUUAGAAGAGCUGGAGGGUCAAAUCUCAGCCUUCUAUCAGAUAGCAGAUCACGCAGGUCACAUCAUCGCUCAGCAGCACGACCAGCAUCGAAACCAGGAGUUGUUGUCGCAGCAGCAGAGCUGUAAGAGGUGCGUGUGUGCAGUGGAGCGCAGUUACCUGGCCCUCCAGAGGGCGCUCUGCUGCACUAAGACUCUCUACAACUUUGACGCGUCUCUCCUGCAGAACAGAGUCACCGAGCUUCAGACCACCGCCCAGGCCCUGAUGCAGGAGGCGUUAGAGUGGAGGAGGGUCGCGGAGGCUAACGGUAACCUGACACGUCGCUUCGAGGAGACUCGCGCUGAGCUGGAGAAGACGCUGAGGGUGGGCCAGGCGUGUCUGACAGAGCGAGGAGACCCUGCUGAGCUCUUCAGCAAGCACAGCGACUUUUUCAGCCGACUGGACCAGCGAGUGUUGAACGCGUACCUGAAGGCGUGUGAUGACCUGACUGAUAUCUUACCCGAGGAGGAGCAGCAGGGUCUGCAGGAGUCAGUCAGGAGGCUGCACAAGCAGUGGAAGGACAUCCAGGCCGAAGCUCCGGCUCACCUGCUGAGGCUGAGAGUGAAGGCGGAGAGGCGCUUAGCGAUGACAUCACUGCAGGAGUGCAGGGCGGAGCUACAGAGGGAGGAGAAGACGCUCGCUACGGCCGGCAGCGAGAGAGCGAUCCGAGAACACAGGGCGUUUUUCAGGAACAAGAACCCCAUUUCUGCAUGUGAGAGGAGACUCAAGACGAUGGAACAGCUCUGCCAGAAACUUCCAGAAAACGACCCGAUUCAGAAAGCCCUGCUGGAGACCAGAGAUGCCGUCUCUAAGGUCAAAGGUGAAGUGGAAAGUGCUCACGUGAGACUCCAGGAGCAUCCAGACAAGUGGUGCGAGUGGCACCGCAGGUUCGGUGAACUCUCAGCCUGGAUCACGUCCCAGCAGAGAGACGGAGAGAGCCUCGCUGUGCAGCGAGAGGUGCAGAGGGCUCAGGAGGAAGCUCUGUCCUGGCUCACGGCUCGUCUGGAGGUGUUGGAGGAGCUGAGCACCCACGCUGAAGCAGUGACCCAGAGAGCGGCGCUGGACGAGCUCACACACACACUGACCACCCUGCUGUCCUCACUGGAUGAAGCGAUGUCUCUGGAUGAGAACAGUGAGAGAGGGGAGGAGGAGGAGGAUGUACUCCUUCAGACGCAGGAACACAGUGGAAUCCUGAAUGCAGAGAGUGUAACAGAGGCCAGACAGCUGCUCCUCAUUCACCAGCAAAAGAUGAAGUCCCAGCAGAAGAGAAAAGGAUGUGUGUGUGAAGCAGCGUGUUUCAGCCAAGACAGUCGAGAAGACUGCAGCUGGGCAGCGCAAGAAAAACGUCUACAGUCCACCGUGAGCGCAUGGCAGGAGUUCGAGUCGGACCGAGACGCCGUGUGGCAGUUUGUGUGCAGAGCGACUCCCGUCCUGCAGCGAGAGUUUUUAUUCAGCAGCCUGGAAAACCUGACAAAUCACCUGGAAUACACUCAGGAGCUUCAUACAGACUCUGACAUGUUCAUGGAGAAGACUGAGUCACUGAAGAGAAAGGCGUCUGAGAUCCACUUGGGGUCGGAGAAUUAUUCUCUGCUGCGUGAUCAGGCCAGAGCGACUCAGAGGAAGGUGCAGGACACACGGGACAGCCUCGGCUACAUGAUUUCAGAGCUUGGUGAGAUCCAGGCACGAUGGCAGCACUUCAGCUGUGAGUCAGAAGCUCUCUCCUCCUGGGUGUGUGAGCGAGAGAAGGAGCUGGAGGAUGUAGACGGCAACGCUGCUCCCUUGGAACGACAGAUUCACACUGUGGAGGUGAUCAAGGCAGGCUGUGAGGAAAAGAAGGACGUCUUGAGUCAACUGGAGGCGGAGUCUCUCGCUCUGACUCGGUUUAUCUCUCCUGGGGAGGCGGAGCGUGUUAAAGCUCGUUUAAUGCAGAUCAGCAGGUCCUGGGAGGAGCUUUUAAACAGCGUGAGGCGGCGAGGGGCGGAGCUUCAAGCCAGCUUGGUGUAUAAAGUGAAGUUAAUUGAAGAUAUGGAUGAGGUUAAAAGUGUGCUGAAAGAUCUGGCAGAGAAGUUGAAUAAACCAGUCACAGGCUGCAUGUCAACAUCAGGGACAUAUCAAGCUCUUCAUGAGCAUAUGGAUGCAUGGCAGGCUCUUAAGCUCCUGCAACCCAGACUGGUGUCAUUGAGCCUGGGUUUGAGAAAGAUAUCUAAUAAAGAUCAGAUGGAGAAAGAAGUAUCAGACCUUCAGCAGGCUCAUCUACUGUACACUAAUAAUGCUGCCAGGAAACAAGCCAAACUGGAGGACCUGUUGACUCGGUGGCAGCAAUAUGAAAGAGGACUCUCGGUUCUCCAGGGCUGGUUGGACAGUUCAGAGAACCUCUGCAAAUCCGAUACUCCAUACCUGAUCAUGGAUAAAACCAAGCUCCACAUCCAGCUACAAACUCUACAGGACCUGCAGAGUGAGGUUCCCUCUCAGGAGUCUUUGCUGGAGAAGUUAGAGACCCAGGCUGAGUUUUUGUACCCCACAGCUUCAGAGGAACGUGUGGGAGAAAUGACAGAGUUUCACUGCAGCCUGGAGGAGAGGUGGUGUUCUCUCAGUGUCAGCAUACCUCUCAGGAUUCAAGAACUUCAGGCUCAUCUUUCUCAGCUGGAGCAGUUUAACCAGGUUCUAAUGACCCUCACUCAGUGGAGUGAAAACUUUCUCAGGCAGCUGAGAUACAGGUCCAAAGUCACCAUUACUGACUUGACAUCUGCUGGCACCCAGAUCAGGGAUGAUGAAGCGGUUCUUCAAACCCAAAGCAAAGCGAUAGAGGACCUGAAGAAGCACAUGGAGGUAUUAAGCCCUUCCUUGGCUCCAGUGGAUCUUCACAGAUUACAGGCCAGGCAGGAAGACUGUCUCCAGCCCUUCUCAGAGGCGAAGAGUCUGCUGCAGAGCCGUUCUGAGGCUCUGGGUAAACUUGAGACCUUCUUGGUGAGCUAUAGGUCGACCGCCGAUUCACUUCAGACGCUGCAGAGAGCUGUGGGACAGACAAACUGGGACCAAACCACCAAGGAUCGGAACCUGAACCAGGAACUAGAGCAGUUGUCUCAGGAGUUAGCAUCUGUGGAGGUGCAGUCUGUAAGUCUGGACAGUAGUCUGAACAAGGCAUACCUUCACCUGCACGGGACCGAUGGGGACAGGACGUCCUGCCGGGGGCUGGUGGAGGAUCUGGUAUCAGGGAUGCAGCAGAUUCAGAGGAGCGUGGGGACAAGGCAGAGCGAAGCCGAGGCACUAGGAGCCUUGUGGAGCUCCUUUACGAGAAGAAAGGAGAUGCUUUUGAGGAACCUGACAGAGCUGGAGGAUAGAGCCAGAAAACCGUGGUUUCCUGAACCAAGUACACAGAACUUCCAACAAAGAUUGUGGAUGCUGAACCAGCUGGAGGAGGAGCUCGAUGCUCUGCAGCACAGUCAGCUGUGGUUAGGGGAGAAAGGAGAGCAGUUGGCUCACACAGACCCUGAGACGGUCAGAGAGGCCCGACGGGAUGUGACCCUCGUCCAAACCAGCUGGGAGAAGAUCAAAAACGUCAUAUCAGAGGAGCAGGGGCAGUGCAAAGUUCUGGUGGAGAUGUGUAAGGAUUACCAGACUCUCAAGUACAAACUCGGCUCAGUUGUCGAGAGAGCUCACGCUGUUAUUGUUGCUCAGUCUGUUCAACACAACCCUGAGGACAUCCGGAGAGCCCUGACCCGGCUGGAGGCGGUGAAAUCAGAGCUGGUCGGCGCUCAGGGCGACCUCGAUCUGUUCAUCUGUAAAAGCAAAUCCUUCAUCAGCGAGCUGAGGAACAUUCCAGCAGACCUAGCAGAUGCGGUCCGCUUGGAAUUGGACACCGUUGUGGAUCAGUGGAUGGACACAUCGGAGAGGAUGGAAACCGAAGCCAAUCGCCUCGCAUCCGCUCUGGAGUUAUGGAACGAGAUUAACUCUGUGGUCAACGACAUCGAGUGUUGGAGCGCCACCUCCGUGAGCGAGCUCAGUGAUGGACCUGUUAACCUUUUAUCCAGUGCCAACAUGGAGGACUGCCUCAGUCAGUUUAAGCUGGAGAUUGAGAGUAAAAAGGUGCUGAUGGAGAACCUGCAUGGAAAAGUAACCGAGCUACAGGAAGUGACAAAGAACCAGCAAGUGGACAUCGAGCUCCAGGCGAUGGCAGCUGAUCUGAGGAAGAAGAUCUUCCACGCUGAGGAGGUUUAUGAGCAGGCCAGUUCCAUCCUGAGGGACUUCAGCUGUCAGAGCUGGCAACUCCAGGACGCGAUUUCCCACAUGGCUGAACAACUGGACACCGUCGAGAGCACAUUGUCAGAGCUAUCGCGGUCAUCUGACCCAGAAAAUGUGGCCAAGAUAAAGGAGCUCCAGAAGACUCUGAAGCAGGUAGACGGUGGUUUGGACGUGACGAGCGAGUCUCUGCGAGUGCUCUGUAGAGCUUAUCCGGCUCAGCAGCUAACCGCUCUGGGCGAGAGCAUCACCGAGCUGGUGAAGCGGAGCGAAGCGGCCGCUCAGCGUUCUGGAAGAAUCCUCCGAACUCUACAGGAAACACUUCUGCAGCGUUUUAACGAACUCACCCAGGAUUUCCACAGCUGGCUGUCGCAGCUAAGAGCCGGUACAGAGGAGAGCUCUGAGGAAGCAGGAGACCUUCCUGAGGUUCCUGCUCAGCUGCAGAGGCUCAAGGUGUCUCUGGAGCGAGUCAGAGAGGGCGAGGAACGCCUGACUAGACUUCAUGAAGAGGAAGAGAAGCUCCUCGCACAUCUGUCUGAAUCUGCAGCUGGAGGAGCGCAGGAGCGUCUGGCCUCGUGUCAGCUGGCGCUGGAUCGAUUUACCUCAGCCUGCAGAAAGAGAGUGCGGCGUUUAGAGGAGAGCGCCGCCCUACAGGACGGUUUGGAGGUGUGUGUUGACGGAUUGAGAGACUGGCUGCGGCAGAUGGAGGAAAGCCUGAAGAAGGAGGCAGCUCUGAGUGGGGCGAGCCAGCCAGGAGUCCCUGACUGCUCCACACAGCUCACAAGAGUGGAGGAAAUCCACAAAGAGCUGCUGGCAAGAAGGCCAUCAAUGGAGCGUCUGUAUCAGACCUCUCUACCCCUGUCCGAGGUGAACAGCGUCCCUGCCGAGCUCCUCUCCUCCCAUCAGGCCUUGCUUCAGGAGGCCUGGACACGGCUGCACCACCUACAGGAGUACCAGGCGUUCGGGGAGGCGCUGAGGGCGGUGGGGGACUGGCUGGAGGAGGUGAGGGGCAGGCUGGACAAACUGGAGAGCACCGAGGGGAACAAAGAGGAGGUGGAGGAGAGACUGGAAAGAGUGCAGGAUAUCCUGUUAAUGAAGGGUGAGGGAGAGGUAAAGCUGAACAUGGCUGCCGGGAAAGGCGAGCUUGUCAUAAAAAGCAGUGGAGACGCUGGACAGGAAGUGAUCCGGUCUAAGCUACAGGAAGUGGAAGACGCCUGGGCGGCACUGCUCUUAAGGGCUAUGAGCUGCCACAGCCGUCUGGAGUGGACGGUGAGUCAGUGGGGACUGUUUGUGGAGUCUCACGCUCAGCUCAGGACCUGGUUAGAGGAGGUAGAGGCCGAGGUUAAAGGUCCACUGGAGCCUCAGCUGGGUCUCCGAGAAAAGAGGCAGCAGCUGGAUAGACUGUGCCUCCUCUUGGCCGACGUCGAGGACCACCAGGGGGCGCUGUGCUAUUUAGAGGAGAGCGCCGCCGAGCUGUACAAGCGCACCAGAGACCCCACCUUUAAGGAGGAGGAGACCGCUCAGCUCAGGGCUCAGUUUGAUGACGUCAGAGCCGCUGCAGAGGAGAGAGUCCGUCUUUCAGAAGGUGUCGUUUUCGAGCACGAGAAGUACAUGGCGACUGUGAGAGAGCUCACCGAUUGGUUAAUGUCCAAAGGGGAGGAGCUUCAGAGGUGUUCCGAUCCAUCCGGUGACUCCGCCUCCGUCGAGAAGAAGCUGGCGGAAGUUCGGGAGCUGGUGGCGCAGGGAGCGCGCGAAGGGCGCGAGCGGCUGCGGCGCGUGCGGCUGAGCGCGGAGAGCGCGUGCAGACUGACGGCGGCGGCGGGCUGCGAGCUCAUGGACAGCGAGGUGCUGGCGCUGGCGCGAGCCCUGCGUCAGUGGGAGGGGCAGGCGCUGAGGGCGCGCGACACUCUGGAGACCGCCGUCACCGUGGCGACCGGGGCCGAGCGCGAGCAGCGCCGCCUUGCCGAGCAGCUCGAGGAGGACACGGGGCGGCUCGAGAGGCAGCUGAGGGAGUGGAGCGACGGGCUGAAGCGCUCCGAGAGGCGGAACAGCGGAGCCGACGCGGUGGAGGGCUGGACCGUCGCUAAGGGUGUACUAGAAGGCCUUCAUGCGGCUGAAGUCAUGGAGGAGAAGCUGAAGGCUCAACUCAACGAGCUGUGUGGGUUUUCCAGCGAUCUGGGAGCUCAGUCCGAGCGGGUCAGCGCUCUCAUCAAACUGCACAACAGUCUGAGUCUGCGAGCAGCUCGCGAGUGUCAGAACAAGGAGAAGUUGCUGGAGCAGCGUUUCCGCUCGUCUCUGCGUGAUUUCCGACAGUGGCUGGUCAACGCCAACAUCUCCACGGCUAAAUGCUUCGACUCUCCUCACAGCAUUCAGGAAGCUUCCACCAGCCUCCAGAGGAUUCAGGAGUUCCUGAGUGACAGCGAGCAAGGCCAAGUCAGAUUAAACGCCGUGAUCUCUCAUGGGGACCGGCUCGCCGCUGUGGUGUCUGCUGACAGGGUGGAGGCGGUCAGGUCCAAAGCCAACGCCGCCAAGGAUGACUGGAAGAACCUGAUGGACAACCUGAAGCAGAGAGAGACCGUAUUACAGGGUCUGCAGUGUCAGAUGCAGGAGUUCGAGGCGAGUGUGGAGCCUCUUCAGGACUGGAUCAACAGAACAGAGACGAGCGUUCAGGAAAGCAGCGCUCGUCUACACGAUCUCCCCGCUAAGAGACUGGAGCUGAGCAAACUGCAGUUGGUGUUGGAGGAGAUGGGCUCCAUGGAAUCGGAGCUGGGAAUGCUGAGAGAGAGAGCCCAUAGCCUGUGGGAAGGUCAGGCAGCUGGGAAAGGCUUCGUACACAGGGUCUGUCAGCUCGCCGCACGCUACCUGGCCUUGAGCAACCGCACUAAGGAGAAGGUCUCCAGAGUGGAGCGUGUAGUUGGGGAGCAUCAGCUCUUCUCCCAGGGCUUACAGGAACUUCAGAGCUGGGUUUCAGAAGCCCAGCAGAUCCUCGAGACCUGUCGAACUCCCAAUGCUGACAAAAGCGUGCUGCUUACCCGCAUGAGCCAGCUCGAGGAGCUGUUAGCGGCGCGUCAGGAGCGAGAGAUCCAGCUGAAGAUGCUCAUCACCAGAGGAGAGGCGGUGCAGAGGAACACCUCAGCCGAGGGGGUUCCUGUGGUUCGCAAACAGAUCCAAGACCUUAAAGACUCCUGGGACUCGCUGCUCUCUGCCGCGAUACAGUGCAAAAGCCAGCUGGAAGGCGCUUUGUCUCACUGGACCAGCUAUCAGGAGGACGUGAGCCAGUUCGAGGGCUGGCUGGAACGAGUGGAGGAGAGUCUGGGGAGCUCAGAUAAACACUACACCGAGAUGAGGGAGAAGACGGCGAAUUUACGCCAAGCGAAGCUCCUUUAUGAGGAAGUGUUGAGUCACUCGAGCUUGUUGGAGACCAUCGCCACAAAGGGCUCCAACCUUCCCGAGCACUCGGCCACUCAGCAGGAGGUGCACGAGCUCAGCACGCAGUAUGAAGCCGUCAAGGACAAAGCCAAGGCUGCGGUCAGGAAGGCGGAGGAGCUGGUCCUGGUCCAUCAGGAGUACCAGCGUGGUCUGCACAUGUUUGAGGACUGGCUGGAGCAGGAGCAGAGCAACCUGGGUCUCCUUUCACCCCUGGAUGGAGAUGUGAACACUCUGGAGAAGAUCCUGAAAGAGCUGCAUACGCUCCAGUUACGUUGCUCCGAGGGCCACGCCUUGCUGAAGUCGGCCCUGUCCAGCCGGGAGCGGGUCAUCCCGUGGGGAGUCCCUCAGAUCGAGGACAGGGCGUUGGAGACAGCGCAGAGAGAAUGGCAGGCGUAUCAGGACAGGCUGGAGAACACUCGAGCUAGCCUGGAGCAGACGCUCAGCAGACUGCAGCAGAUGGAGGGACGUUUCCAGAGCCUGGACCGGUGGCUGGUGGACAUCGAGCUCAAAGUCAGUCUGAGGAGCGACAGACGAUCCGAUUGUACUGCUAAAGAGCUCCAGCUCCAGCAGCUACUGCAGUGGCAGGUGGAGGCUGUACAGAAGCAGGGUGAGAUGGAGGCUCUCAGCGCUUUGGCUCAGCAGGUUGUGGAAGAUGCCCAUGUCAGUGCUCGGGUCAGUGCUCGGGUCACUCAGCACACCACCCGCUACCACGCCCUCCUUCUGCGCAUACAGGAGACCAUCCGGCAGCUCCAGGAGGAACUGAGGAGCAUCGCUGAAGCUCAGGACGCUCUGAGAACCUUCUCCGAUUGGCUGAGUGUGACGACGACGGGUUUUAAAGCAGCCAGCGAAAGCAAGCAAGCCCCUGACCGAGCGUCUCUGGAGAAAAAGAUGAAAAGGCUGGAGGUUCUACAGCGCGAUGUGGACGAAGGCCACACCCUAUUCAAGACCCUCCGCGAGAAAGCCGAGCAGGCCGUCUCCUUCCUGGAAGAAAGCGGAGCACUUCAGCUGGAGAAGGAGGUCCAGGAGAGCCGAUCUCGGCUUGAGGAGCUCGGCCUGGGGUUACGAGCCGAACACGGCGCUACGGAGAAGAGCACGAUGCUUUAUAAAGAGUUUCAGGAGCGUUAUAAGGCCCAGCUGCAGUGGAUGAGAGAGACUCGAGCUCUGCUCGGCUCCUCGGCAGAACCCAAAGCUGAGCUCUACCAGAGAAAAGCACAGCUGGCGAAGUAUAAGGUGUUGGAGCAGUCUCUGCUGUCCCGUGACUCUGCCCUGAGUGCCAUGAUGGAGAAAGGGGAAACUCUGCUGUCUCUCCUCCACUCUCCCUCCAUCACAGAGAACAUGGACAGGUUGCAGAGCGAAUAUCAGGAGCUGUGUAACACCGCGAGGACUCGGGUGCAGAAGCUGGAGGCUCACGUAAAGAAACAGGAAGAGUAUCACACAGAACUCCAGGAAGUGGAACGCUGGCUGCUGCAGAUGUCCAGCCGGAUGGUGACCCCUGACCCCACUCCGGGAGGCGGACUGGAGGCAGCCGCGCAACAGCUGGCCAGACACAAGGCCAUCAUGGAGGAGAUUGCGGGCUUUGAGGAGCGUCUGGCGGGGCUGAAAGAGAGAGGAGACGAGCUGACGUCUGGCUGCACCGAGCGCCUCCAGGCUCGCCUUCGCCAGCAGAUCCAGAGCCACCUGCAGGGAGCACGAGACAGUUACUCGGCCAUCUGCAGCACAGCACAGCGUGUGUAUCAGAGUCUGGACAGGGAGCUGCAGAGGCACGUCAGCCUGCGAGACACACUGCAGCAGUGUCAGACCUGGCUCUUCAACAUCCAGGAGGAACUGCAGCCAUCUGCGCAAACACCACGCUACCUGGAGGAGGCCCUGGUCCAGCUGAAGCAGGAGCGAGCUCUUCAGGAGCAGGCCAGUACGUACCUCCAGCUGAUCUGCUCCACAUGUGACCUGUCAGAUGAGAAGGUGCAGGAGACCGCCGCUGAUAUCCAGCAAGUCAAAAUCCAGGUUGAGGAAAGAAUGCUCGAAUCCCAAGAACUGGCAGAUAGCUGGAGGGAAAUCGAGAGCCUGCGAUCCGAUCUCGAGUCUCGUCUCAGAGAAGCUGAAAAGUUUCUCCAGAACAUGCUGAGAAGACCAGCAGAUCUCGAGCCAAAGGUCUCUCAGAAUCAGCUGGACCAGGCUCAGGACUUUAUUCAGGAGAUACAAGCCAGGCAAGCUGAUCUGACCAGCCUGAGGGAGAGCAUUGGAAGGCUGGUGCCAUCUCAGGAUUCACCUGAGCUGGUGGAAAUAGGUCGUCUGCGCAGAUCUUGGUUAGAGCUUGCGAAACAGGCUGCAGAGCUUUUGGAGCAGAGAGAGGAGGAUCUCCAGAGGAGUGGGGAUUAUCAAGAGUGCCUCAGUAUGGUAGAAGAGCUGUUUGAUCAGUUGUCCAAGGAAUGGGAUUAUCUGUCCAGGGGGGAUAUGGAGAGCACUGCAGGGUGUUUAGACGCCUUAAAGAAGCUCUCCAUAGAUCUUCAGGACCAGCGGUGUGUAUUAGAAGACUUGAGAGAUAACAAGAAUGCAAUCCUGCCACGCCUUAGUCUCGAGGACAAGGACCUUGUCAAGGAGCAGGUAGGUUACCUGGAGCAACGCUGGACCCAAAUGGAAGUGCAGGUUGAACAGAAGAUACAGGAUACGAUUGAAACCCUUGAAGACCUGAAUCAUUUAGAGGACCAGUUGAGGGAAACCCAAGAGUGGGCUGAGGUGCAGCGACCAUCUCUUUCUGAAGUACUGAAAACCAGCCCCCCUCCCGACCUUGCUCAGAGCUUUUUAUUUGACCACUUGAGCUUUUGUGCAGAGCUGGAGGCCAAGCAGCAGCUCAUUAAUCAGUCUGUGUCUGAGGCUGACAUCCUUUAUGCUCAUCUAGGACUAAAUGAGAAAAGAAGACUGCAGACCUUGGUUCAGGAUGUUCAAGGAGCGGUAGAAUCUCUUAGCUCGAAGGCAGCUCACCACCGCAAAAGCCUUAGUAAAGUGUUCACAGAGCGAACACAGUUCCUCCAGGCCUUGGACAGGGCUUCUGGAUGGAUCAAACAACAAGAGCAGAGGGUACUUGCUGAUGAGCAUGUGGCACUCUUGCCAGAUGAGCUCUCCAAGCAGGUGUCUAUUUGCAAGAACAUAUGUAGCAGCCUGAGGGCAUAUCAAGUGGAACUGACCUCGUUUUGGACGCAAGGAAGGGAACUUGUAAAGGAUACAACAGAGGAUGAGAAGGUAGAGACCCUUCAAAGGCUUGAGGAGCUCCAGGGAACCUUUGAGACUUCCCUCCAAAGGUGCACACAUCAUUUGCAGCACCUGGAGAGAGCUUUAGUUAUUCGGAAAUACUUCAAAGUAGAUCUGGAUAGAAUCUGUGAGUGGUUGAGACAUGCAGAAGCAGCCACGUUCCCCAUAAUAGACCUCAACAGGAAUGAUGUGGAGCUGCAGAACCAGUUAGCCAAAUACCAGCAAAUUUUGGAUCAUACCUCAGCAUACGAGAACCUGUUACUUAUUGUCCAGCGGGCAGGACAGGAAAUUCUUCCCACCUUAAAUGAGGUGGAUCACUGCUACCUGGAUGAGAAACUUAACGGCCUUCCGCAACAGUACAAUGCCAUUCUUUUGUCGACCAAAGAAAAGCGAGACAGGAUCCAACGAGUGAUUCUGGAACGCAAGGAAUUGGAGUCUCUCAUCGAAGCGACACGUAAAGCUUUGGAGGAACUUCAGGAGCAGUGUGAUGCCUUAGAGAAACAAUCAACUAGUAGAAGUCUUGAAGACGGGGAAAGGUUGCACGGUGACUAUGAUGAGAUCCAGAAAGGCCUUUUAAACCUUUUCCAAGCAAUGAAUGAGUUGAAGAGUAAAACUCAGGACUUCCAUUGCACAGGACAACCAUAUACACGUGAGGUCAUUGACCAGCUUGCAAGUCUUUAUAGUAGACUUGAUCAAUCGACCAAGGAGAAGGUUAAACAACUCAAUCGUACUUUGAAUGUAUUAAAUGACUACAGGACCACAAUCGCAAAAAUGGAUAGUGGCAUUAAUGCAGUCAAGGAGCAUAUGGAUGAACUUAAUUCUGCGGCGCAGUUAGAUGCCAUGGAGAGAUUAUCCAAACUGCACAAAAUGGCCAAAGAGCUAGACGAGAUUACUUCUUAUUCCGAAGGACUAACUGGACAGAUAGUGGAGUUCAACCAGCACUUUGACCAUGAUACCCUUAAGACUCAGGUUUCCAUUAAGGAGACACAGCUCCAAGCCUUGAAAUCAAACAUGUCCAAAAGCAUAGAAGAAUGUGAACGUUGUGCUGGAGGUGAGCCAAGCUUCCAGACUGAGAUCAGAGAAAGCUUGCUGUGGCUCAAGACCGUUAGAGAGGAUCUCAAAGGUUUGUUUACUCUUCAGGAAAUCAGUGUUCACGUUGUCCAGAAUGAGAUCAGAUCAGUAGUCGCACUUCAGAGAGAAAUGAAAUCUAGGCUCCAGUUGCUGGAGAUUUUGAGCCAAAAUGAGAGGCAAACGUACAAGACCUCCAAACAGCCAUUCCCCAGUGACAUGGAGACCUGUCUGAAGGAGAUUGCAGACUUGGAGAACGAGGUUCACGAAUCUCUUUCAGCCAAACAGGUGGUCUUGCAGUCAGCACUAUCCUUACUACAAUUGUACCAAAGUGCCUUGAAGACUACUUGCCAGUGGUUUGAAGAUGCAGAUGCUGUCCUAAAGCAGAAGAACCAGGAACUAGAAUUGGAAGAUCUUACAGAGAGCCUCAAGGAACAUGAAAAUGUUUUGACCCAAGAACCGACCAUAAAGAAGGCGAUUCAGGAUAUAGCAGGUGUUCUCCCUAAAAUGGAAAGCUUUGUUGAUUCUGUUACUGUAAUGAAACUCAAAGAAGGCUAUGAGACCACUUGUCAAAGGAGAGCUGAGCUCUUGGAACAGCUGAGAAGUCACCAAGAAACCUUAAACAGAUGUUCUACUCAGUGGACGGCAUUUAAGAAAGAUCGUGAAGUACUUAUAACUGAACUGAGUGAAGUUGAAAGGACACUGGCUGGCUUUAGCACAGCUAAAUCAAGCUCUCUUCAAGAGGCUGAGGACAAGCUUCGUUUUCAUCAGGAUGUUGUGAUCCAACUGGAGGCUUGUCAAGAUAAAAUGACAAACCUUAAAGAACAGUCAGAGCAGUUCGACCUGAAGUGUGUGUCCGGUGAUGCGGUUUGUCGUUCAGUCUGUGCACUAGACCAGCGAUGGACUCAAUUAACCAGUGUAGCUAAAGUACAGGAGAAAGCUCUGAAGGACACGGUACAUGACUGGAGAUGCUUCAUUGAGAAGCUGGAGAAGAUGAGGUCUGUGUCGGAGGACCUGCACAGCCGAGUUCCUGACAGCGUGGUGGAGAAAGCAGCCAGCACCGUGGCCCUACACAACCUGUUAGAGUAUCACGACUCCUUCAGCCGAGAGGUGGAGAGAGAGAACAGCGCCCUGACUCUCCUCAAACACCACGCCCUCCACCUGCUCCUCCACUCCGAUACUGCAGGACUAAAGAGGUCCAGUGACCAGACCAGCUACGGCAGCAGCCAAACAACCAGGCUUGGCAAGCUGUCAGCCACGCCCCUCAAGCAACCAACCACGCCCAUCAAGCAACAGAUCACACCAGCCAUGCCCAACAACCACUUACACACUCCAAGCAAUCAAACAGCCACGCCCAGUACACAAUCAACCGCACCCACUACACAACCAGUCAUGCCCACUACACAGCCAGCCAUGCACAAUAACCACUUAGACACUCCUGGCAAUGAAACAGCCACACCCAGUACUCAAUCAAGCACACCCAAUUCACAGCCAGACACACCUAGUACACAAUCAAGCACACCCACUACACAGCCAGCCACGCCUAGUAACCACUUAGACACUCCUAGCAAUCAAACAGUCACACCCACUUCACAGCCUGCCACACCUAGUACACAAUCAACCACACCCACUACACAGCGAGACAUUUGCAAUAACAACUUAGAUACUCAUAGCAAUCAGACAGACAUGCCCAGUACACAUUCAGCCACACCUCCUAGACAGCCAUCCACGCCCCAAUAUCACUUAGACACUCCUAACAAUCAAACAGCCGCUCCCAACACACAACCAAACACGCCCAGCAACCACUCGCCUAGCACACAGCCAUCAACACCCAUAUACCAAACAAUCACACCUGUCAAUCAUCUGGCUACACCCACCAAGCAAACCAAUAAACCCAGCAAUAAAGAUGCUUUCUGUCUGCAGGAGAUUCAGGCAAUGCAGGAGAAAUAUGAGAGCCUUCUACAGAAAGUGUGUGUGAGCCGGCAGCAGGUGCAGGUGGAGCUGCUGGAGCGAGAGGAGGUGGAGAGGGAGCUGGGACUCGUUAAAGGCUGGAUCCAGGACACACAGGGCCUGUUACUCAGCCCUACAGCCGACCUGGACACCCUGCUCUCUGACCUGGAGACGGCUCACGGCGGUGUUCAGUCUCAGCGGCAGGCUCUGGAGCAGAUUGCAGAUCGCCAGCAGAUGAAAUACAAAGACCUUCAUGCCGCCGUUCCUUCUGAGAUCAGCACCCAGCUGGCACAGGUCACAUUGGCGCUGGGUUCGGCAGAGGACCAGGUGCAGAGCCGAGAGAGAGAAGUGCAGCACAGCCGAGACGUUAAAGAAGACUUUGCAGCCAGGUUGAAGGACAUCUCGGAGAAAGUCAGCGCCAUCUCCGUGAAACUCAAGCAGAAGAGUGUGGAUGUAGAAGAGGCCAAAGAGGAGACGGAGACUCUGCGUGAGGAGCUGGAGGACUGCUCUCACGCUCUCUCUGAGCUGGACGUGGCCAUGCAGGAGUUCGGGGAGCAGAACCCGCUCCUGGCCCGGCAGCUGGGCGCGACACUGAGCAAACUGACCGAGCUCCACUCUCAGACCAGCAGACUCGCAGAGGGAAGGACCUCACGGCUUAAGAAGGCUGAGCAGCACUUUGAGGAGUUUAAUGAGAGACUCACCCUGAUACUGAACUGGACAGAAAAAGCCGAGGCUCUGGUUUCCACCGGCAUUGUCUGGAGCCCCGCCUCUAUGAUGCAGGAGCAAAUCCGAACACACCAGGCACUGCUGCGGGAGUGGCGCAGGCUGCAGGGUGAGAUGGAGGUGGUGACGGAGAGAGUAGGGCUGUUGGGAGAGGUGGUGCACACUGACGCACUUCACCAGCAGGUGGCAGAGCUGAGCCAUCACGCAGAAGAGCUGCAGCAACGCGCCAAAACUCGCCUGCUGAACCUGCAGGAUGCUGCGAAGGACCUGAGCAGGCUGGAGAGCGAGGUGAAGAGCCUCCACAGGUCUAUCGAGAGAGUUCAGGAAACGCUGGCCUCCCCGGAGCUGGCUCGCCUCAGCCUCAGAGAACAGCUGCUCCAGAGACAGCACCUGCUGACAGAAAUGGAGGGGUUUAAGGUGCAGGUGCAGGCUGUGCAGAAGUGUAUGAGCACGCUGCAGCUUCCUGAAGACGCCAUGGUCACUUUACCGCUGUGUGUCACCGCGCAGAGUCUACAGCAGGACAGCAGUCAUCUCCAACACACCACCAUACAGCAGUGCAAUAUACUGCAGGAGGCCGUGGUGCAGUACGAGCAGUACGAACAGGAAGUGAUGAACCUGCAGAAGAUGAUCGAGGAAGCGCAGCGUGUUAUUCAGGACCGGCCCGUCGCUACGGGCAACAUCCACGAGCUUCAGACGCAGAUACAGCACCAUGAGGAGCUGGCCCAGAAGAUAAAAGGCUACCAGGAGCAGAUCGCAGCCCUGAACUCCAAGUGUAAGAUGCUGACGGUGAAGGCCAAGCACGCCACCAUGCUGCUGACCGUCAGCGAAGUGGGGGGGCUCUCGGACGGUCUGGAGGAUGACGAAGAGGAGAUGGCCAAGCACCCUACAACACACCCCUCGGUCGUCAUGAUGACCGCAGGCAGAUGUCACACUCUCCUGUCUCCCGUAACGGAGGAGUCGGGUGAGGAGGGCACCAACAGCGAGGUCUCCUCCCCUCCGGCCUGCAGAUCCCCCUCACCCGGGCCUAACGCUGACAUCUCCCUUAACCAGGUUCCAGGGAAGGCCCCGUUAAGUCGCGCUCCUCUACAGGAGCUGUACGACCAGUCCAUGGAAUCGGCUGCCACGGCUAACCUGGACGAUUUACAGCGCUCGUGGGAAACGCUGAAGAACGUGAUCAGCGAGAAACAGAAGAGUCUGUACGAGGCUCUGGAGAGGCAGCAGCAUUACCAGGAGUCUUUACAGUCCAUCUCCACCAAGAUGGAGUCCAUCGAGGCUUCACUCAACGAAGGGCUAGAACCUGGAAAGAGUCCCGAGAGCCAGAUGGCAGCUCACCAGGCGCUGAUGGACGAGAUCCUGAUGCUGCAGGAUGAGAUCAGCGCUCUACAGGCGUGUUUCUCAGAGGAGCUCCAGCGCGAUGAGGAAAGCCCCGAGCAGGACACCGGCGAUCAGCUGGCACUGCACUCCACCCUCACUGUGCUGGGAGAACGCAUGGCCACCAUCCGCAUGAAGGCCUCGGGCAAGCGCCAGCUCCUGGAGGAGUGCCUGAACGAGCAGCUGGAGGAGCAAAGGCAGGAACAGGCCCUGCAGCGUUACCAUAGCGAGGCAGAGGAGCUCGAUCAUUGGUUGCUCAGCACGCGAGCGACACUUAACUCCGCCCUCCAGCCACAUCCAGAAGACAUGGACAUGGAGGAGCAGCUGAUCGACUGUCAGAACAUGUUGAUGGAGAUCGAGCAGAAGGUGCUGUGUCUGUCCGAGCUUUCGGUACACAGCGAGAGCCUCCUGCUGGAGGGGAAGGCCGGCACACGAGGAGACGCCGAGCAGCUCACGCUCAAACUGCACAGCCUCAAAGCCAGUCUGCUGGAGCUGCAGCGCAUCCUACAGGACAAACACACACACAUCCAGGGAUCUUUAAUGGAGCAGGAAGAGAGUGAGCCUGACUCGUCGUUGUCUCAGAGCCCCAGCGUACUGGACUGGCUCAGUCAGGCUCGGUCCACUCGCAGCCAGCAGCACCAGGACACAGUACAGAGACAGCGGGAAUUGGAGGUGCAGCUGGAGGAACAGAGGAAGCUGAUGCAGUCUGUCGCCAGUCGAGGGGAGGAGCUUCUCUCGCACUCUCAAACCACACCCAAUGGAGACAGUGCUGCAAAUCGUCAGGACGUGUCGGAUCUGGGUGAGAGUGAGAGCGGGGGCGGGAGCGAGCAGGACAGUAUGAGGAUGAAGUGGGAGAAUCUGAGUAAAGACCUGAACACCAAGCUGCAGCUGUUAUUGAACACCAUGCAGGAGGAACAGCUCAGCUCGGUCUAUCAGCGAUCUCGAGUCUCCAGCCCAGGAAGUCUUUUCAGAGGGGAUCAGCUGAUGCCGGACAUUUUUUCCCCCAGUGCUUUAUUUGAGAAUUUUAACCAGAAAUUGGAGGAACUAGCUGAGGCUGAUGUUAAACACGUUCACGCUCAGGAGAGGAAUCUAUACGAAGCCGUGUGUUCAGCCUCCACCUGGCUGGACGGUGCAGAGAACACUCUGCUCUCCGGCCCCGUGCUGCUGUCUGAUGACUCGGAGAUUCAGCUGUGUCAUUUAGAGGGUUUGAAUAAGGAGGUGAAGAACGUCAGCGAGGAGGUGUGUAAGUGUCGGGAGGUGCUGGAGGGACGUGAUGGAGGAGGCGAUGGUUUGAUCGAGGAGGUGCUGGAUGGACUGGAUGAGAGACUGAGGUUGAUGGAUUCCCUGCUGGAGCAGAGAUGUGACAGUAUUCGAGACAGACUUCAGGAACAUACCACUUUUCAGGUUGAAGUAAGGCAGUUGUUUGCUGCUAUGAGCGAAACCAAGCAUCAGCUGCUGCAGAAGAUGUGUGGAGCUGCAGAUCGUCCAGCGUCCAAACAGCUAGAGACGUUGGGUGAAGCAGAGGACAGUCUGAGGGAGUUUGAACAGAAAGUGUGUGAGAUGAGGACUAAAGGAGAGACCCUACAGUCAGACCCAGUGACCACACAGGAGCUGCUCAGAUUACAGGACAUGUAUGAGGAGCUGGUGGAGAUGGUGGGUUCGAGGCGGAGUGCUCUGAACCAGAUGCUGGUGUUGAAGGCGCAGUAUGAGAAAGCUUUGCAGGACCUGCAGGACCUCGUGGACACGGCACAGGACAAAAUGGCCGCAGAUCAGAAGAUGGCCGCAGGCUCCGUCCUCGAGGUUCAGAUCCUCCUGAACAAGCACAAGGAGUUUUUUCAGAGUAUGGAGGCCCACGUGGUGCUGACGCAGGCCUUCUUCAGGCAGGUCAGUGUGGUGAUGGUCCAGAGAGAAGCUCAGGUUCUGGAGGAGACCGUCUCUCAGGCUCACACCGUUCUUAAACAGGCUCACAGGAGAGGAGUGGAGCUGGAGGGCAUCCUGGAGGAAUGGAGCAGUUUUGUUGGAGAUUAUCAGGCUGUGUAUAAACAGCUGGAGGUGGUGGAGAGCAGCAUUCCAGCUGUGGGGCUGGUAGAGGAGACGGAGGAGAGACUGUGUGAGAGGAUCGCACUUUAUCAGUGUCUGAAGAGCACUCUGGUGGAACAGCAGCAGCAGCUGUAUCAGGUUCUGGAGGAUGGGAAGAGACUGUUACUGCGAGUGUGCUGCAGUGAGCUGGAGGCUCAACUCACUCAGCUGGGAGAGCACUGGCUCAGCAGUACCACCAAAAUCAGCAAGGAGCUGCAGCGCCUCGACUCCACACUCAAACACUGGACCAGGUAUCAGAGCGACUCAGCAGAACUGGGUCAGUGGUUGUCCUUGGCUCUGGACCGGCUCGAGUUCUGGAGCACGCAGUCGGUUACAGUUCCUCAGGAGCUGGAGAUGGUCCGAGACCACCUGCACGCUUUCCUGGAGUUCUCUAAAGAAGUGGACGCCAAAUCGUCCCUGCGCUCCUCCGUCCUGAGCCGCGGGAACCAGCUGCUGAGGCUGAAGAAGGUGGACACGGCGGCGCUCCGUACUCACCUGGCACAGCUGGAGACGCAGUGGGCGGAGCUUCUGACACACAUCCCUGUGGUGCAGGAGAAACUUCACCAGCUUCAGAUGGAGAAACUGGCGUCUCGUCACGCCAUCACUGAGCUGAUGAGCUGGAUCUCCCUCAUGGAGAACAUCAUCCAGGAGGACCAGAACAAGAUCCAGGAAGCAGUGGGCUCCGAGGUGGUGCAGACCUACAUCCAGAAAUACAAGGGUUUCGGGAUCGAUUUGUCCUGUAAGCAGCUGACGGUGGACUUUGUGAACCAGUCGGUGCUGCAGAUCAGCAGUCAGGACGUGGAGGGGAAGCGCAGCGAUAAGACCGACUUCGCCGAGCGCCUGGGGGCCAUGAACCGACGCUGGCAGAUACUGCAGGGCCUCAUCACUGAGAAGAUCACAGUGUUGGAAAGUUUACUCAAGAGCUGGUUGGAGUAUGAAAGCGGAGUCCAGACCCUAAAAACAUGGAUCAGCACACAGGAGGAGAAACUGAAGAAGAAACCCAGGAUUGAGGACGUGGCCUCGGUGCAGAACCUGCUGAAAGACUGCCAGGAGCUGGAGGAGUCGGUGAAAGAGAAAGAGAAAGACUUGGAGAAAGUGGAGGAAAAAGGAUGCUCGCUCAUCCAGGGCAAGAAAGGAGACGCCUCCGCUGUCGUCAUGGAAACACUUAAAGGGCUCAACAAGGCUUGGACCAACCUGGACCAGUUGGUUGGCCAGGUAAAGGUCAGCCUGCGUGCCAUGCUGGAGCAGUGGAGUCUGUACAAGCGUGCGUCGGAGGAGAUCCAUGGCUAUUUGAUGGAGGGACAGUACUCCAUCUCACGCCUCAGGCUCCUCACCGGUUCUCCAGAGGCUGUCCUCGUGCAAAUGGAGAAUCUGGAGAGUCUUCAGGAGGAGCUGGAGAAGCAGGAGAGCAGCGUGAAGAAGUUCGGCUCUCUCACUGAGCAGCUUCUGAAAAACUGUCACUGCACUGUGGCUGAUUCCCUCAACACAACCCUCAUCGACAUCAACCACAGGUGGAACUCACUACUGGAGCAGAUUUCGAAGCAGUUGAGGAGCAGUAAGAACCUGCUACAGCAGUGGCAGCACUACAAAGAGCUCCAUGAGAGCAGCAGCAAGGAUGUGCAAAAGCUGGAAGAGAGGGCGGAGCGUUUACUCAACAGCUCCGCCCACGGGGAGACCACGGAACAGGAUGUGAAGAAUUGGAUCCAUGAGUGCGAUGACUUACUGAAGGCUCAUGGCUCAGUCCAGGCCACGCUGCAGCAGCUGACUGAUGUGGAGGGACAGUUGAGGAUGCAGGUGGAGCCAUCAUCCAUGGCAACCUUACACACAGACUACCUGUCACUCAGUCGGCGCCUAGCAACAGUGGGACACGCCCUCCACAGGCAGCAGGCUUUGAUGGAGGCGAGUGUGAAGGACUACCAGAGCUUCAGGGAGGAUCUGCGGUGUCUGAGCCGGUGGCCAGAGGAGGCACAGGAGGUGCUGAAGGAGUCGGAUCCGCCCCCGUCUGCGGAUCUGUCCUCUGUGCAGGAACGCAUGGAGAAGCUGAAGAUCCAGAUGCUGAACCUAAGUCGCCUGUCUCCUGAUCUGGAGCGGUUAAACCGUCUGGGAUACAGACUUCCUCUAAACGAUCAGGAGAUCAAAACCCUUCAGAACCUGAACAGGAACUGGACGUCCACCUCGGCGCACAGCACGGAGAGAUUCAGUAAGCUCCAAGCCCUGGUGCUGCAGAGACAGAGUUUCCUGGAGAAGUGCGAGACGUGGCUCAGCUUCCUGAACCAGACGGAGGACAACCUCGGCGCUGAGAUCUCAGGAAAUUACCAGAGCCUGUUAAAGCAGCAGAGAGAGCACGAGCUGUUCCAUGCUGAGAUGUUCAGUCGUCAGCAGAUCCUCUACUCCAUUAUUGGUGACGGACAUCAGCUCCUGAAUCAGGGACGAGUGGAAGACAGAGACGAUUUUGGCCUGAAGUUGGCGCUGUUGAGUAAUCAGUGGCAGGGUGUGGUGCGGCGGGCGCAGCAGAGGCGGGGCAUCAUCGACGCGCUGGUGUGUCAGUGGCAGCGCUACACCGAGCUCUCCGACAAACUCCGACACUGGCUGCAGGAGGUGGCUCUAGAACCGGAGGAGGAACCGCAGCAGCUGAGGCGUGUCAUGCCGCUACAGCAGGCACGAGGAGUUCUGGACCGCAUUCAGCUGAAGGAGCGUGUGCUACAGAGGCAGCAGGGCAGCUACAUCCUGGUGGUGGAGGCAGGAAGGCAGCUCCUCCUCUCGGCCGAUACCCAGGCGGAGGCUCUGCUGCAGGAGGAGCUGACGGAGCUGCAGGAGCGAUGGAGGAGCACAAGCAUCCGGCUGGACCAGAGGAAGAAGGAGCUGCUCUCACUGCUGAAGGACUGGGAGCAGUGUGAGAAAGGAAUUGCUGCGUCACAUGAGAAGCUGAGAGCGUUCAAGAGGAAGCUCUCUCUGCCUUUACCUGAUCACCAUGAGGAGCUGCACAACGAGCAAAUCCGCUGCAAGGAGUUAGAGGGCAGCACAGAAGACUGGGUGGACAACGUGGCACCUUUGUGUGUACUCAGAGACUCGCUCUCCAGCAGCCUGAACUUUGACGACCUCACCCUCCUAGAGGAGAGACUGGAGCUGCUGCAGAGACAGUGGGAGGACACGUGUGACCAGCUAACCCUGCGGAGGCAGCAGGUGAGUGAGAAGCUGAACGAGUGGGCCGUGUUCAGUGAGAAGAAUAAGGAGCUGUGUGAGUGGCUGACUCAGAUGGAGAGUAAGGUGUCUCAGAACGGUGACAUCACCAUUGAGGAGAUGAUCGAGAAGCUCAGGAAGGACUAUCAGGAGGAGAUCUCCGUAGCUCAGGAGAAUAAGCAGCAGUUGGAGCUCAUGGGUGAGAGACUGGCUCAGGCGAGUCACGAGAGCAAAGCAGCGGAGAUCCAGUAUAAACUGAGUAAAGUCAACGAGCGCUGGCAGCACCUGCUCGACCUCAUCGCAGCCAGGGUGAAGAAGCUGAGGGAGACUCUGGUGGCGGUGCAGCAGCUGGAUAAGAACAUGAGCAGUCUGCGUUCGUGGCUCACACACAUCGAGACGGAACUGUCACGGCCGAUCGUCUACGAAACCUGCGACACGAACGAAAUACAGAAUAAACUCAGCCAGCAGCAGGAUUUGCAGCGGGACAUUGAGAAGCACAGCACGGGUGUGGCCUCGGUGUUGAACCUGUGUGAGGUUCUGCUGCACGACUGCGACGCCUGCGCUACAGAGACAGAGUGCGACUCCAUCCAGCAGGCCACACGCAGCCUGGACCGCCGCUGGAGGAACAUCUGCGCCAUUGCCAUGGAGCGCAGGCUGAAGAUCGAGGAGACGUGGAGGUUGUGGCAGAAGUUUCUAGAUGAUUAUUCUCACUUUGAGGAGUGGCUGAAGGCGUCUGAGAGAAUCGCGGCUCUGCCCAACUCGUCCGGAGUGCUGUACACCGUCGCUAAAGAGGAGCUGAAGAAGUUCGAGGCAUUUCAGAGGCAGGUUCAGGAGUGUUUAACUCAGCUGGAGCUGAUUAAUAAGCAGUACCGGAGGCUUGCGCGUGAGAACCGCACCGACUCGUCCUGCCGCCUUCGCCAAAUGGUGCAUGAUGGGAACCAGCGCUGGGACACGCUGCAGAGGAGAGUAGCAGCCAUCCUGCGCAGGCUGAAGCACUUCAUCAGCCAGCGUGAGGAGUUUGAGACGGUCAGAGACGGAGUUCUGGUGUGGCUGACCGAGAUGGACCUGCAGCUCACCAACAUCGAGCACUUCUCCGAGUGUGACGUUCAGGCCAAGAUCAAACAGCUCAGGGCGUUCCAGCAGGAGAUUGACCUGAACUCUGUGAAGAUCGGGAGCGUGUUCAGUCAGGGUGAAGCUCUGAUGGAGAAGAGCGAGCCCCUGGACGCUGCUGUGAUCGAGGAGGAGCUGGACGAGCUGCAGCGCUACUGCAGGGAAGUGUUCGGACGCGUCGAUCGAUACUACAGGAAGCUCACGCGCCUGCCGCUGGCUGAUGACGAGUGUGACGGUUCAGAUCGGGAGUUUGACCUGGAUGGCUCAGGUGAGCUCUCUGACCUGCAGUGGGAGGAGGGGAACUCUUUACCCAGCACCGGCAGCCGGACCCCCUCUGUGAGCCCGGCGCCGUUGCGCGCUAAUGGCUCAGGUCGGGAGACUCCGGCCAGCGUGGACUCCAUCCCCUUAGAGUGGGACCAUGACUAUGACCUCGAGCCCAUGGGUCAUGCCAUGUCAUCGAAGAAGAGGGGGCAGGGCGAGGAGGACGAGGAGGUCAUAUGCGGCUCUACAGCAGCUCUCAAAGACGUUGUGAUUCCUGAGAGUCCUGAGGCUUAUAUAAAACUGACAGAAAACACACUGAGGUCCUCCUCCGGUGACUCGGUUCGUAAGGUACUGGACCUGGACAGCCAUAAUGCCUCGUACAGUGGUUAUAUGCGUCUGAUGGGAGAUUGUCGAGACAGUAUAAGCGCUCUGAAAAGAGCCGAGGGAGAGCUGGAGGAGGAAGAGGGUGACCUGGCUGGAUUAAACAACCCCGAGACCACAGAACCCCAGAACACAGGUGUGAUCGAGCGCUGGGAGCUCAUCCAGGCUCAGUCCCUUAACUCCAGCGAAGACCUGCUGCUAUGGCAACAGCUGAUCUCUGAUCUGGAGAAUAUGGAGGCGUGGCUUAGCCAGACAGAGGAGGAGCUGGCUGAGCUGAAGGGGAGGGACUUGAGCACGGAUAUACACAGCAUCGACCAAAGGAUCAGAAAACUCAAGGACCUACAGAAGGAGGUAGAUACCCAUAAGUCCACAGUGCUGUCCAUCAACCUGAGCAGCGUCAGGCUCGUCCAAUCAGAUGGCCAGGAGAGCAGGAAGCUGAGGAGGAGGCUGAAGGAGAUGAACUCCCGUUGGGACAGACUGGGUAAAGCUCUGCAGCAGUGGAGAGCAGCGCUACAGGACGCACUAAUGCAGUGCCAGGAGUUCCACGAGCUGAGUCAUGGCCUCCUGCUCUGGUUAGAGAACAUCGACCGAAGGAGGAACGAAAUCGUUCCCAUCACAGAGGAACUGGACCAGCACACACUCCGAGCUCGAUAUAGAGCGUUAGAGCAAAUCGAACAGGAGUUGCGGGAGACAGAGCGCAGUGUGAACAGCCUGCAGGAUCUCUCGGUGCAGCUGUUGGUGCAGGCGCAGGGGGGCGAGAGUCUGGAGGCGCAGGAGAGAGUGCACGUCAUCGGGAACCGCCUCCGCCUGCUGCUCAACGCCGUCACCGCCGACCUGCAGCUGCUGGAGAGACGACUCCACACCGCAGGAGACGCACACGUGCCGUCCGUCUGGCCCGCGGUCAACGAUGUGGACACGUCCGGCUCGGCCAGUCCGGUGUCUGUGGUCAGCGUUCCUGUUCAACAUCACAUGCUACGGAGCAAAUGUAAUGUGUCAGGAGCAGGAUCCUCAGCCAGCCUGCCGCGCCACAGGUCCCGCGGGGUUUCUGCGUGCGCUUCCUCUCGCUGUGGUUCCUCCGGGCCUCACGGUGGCGCUGCUGCGGCUCGCCGCCAGCCCUUCCUGCUGCGGGUCCUGCGGGCGGCUCUGCCUCUGCAGCUGCUGCUGCUGCUCAUUGUGGGUUUGGCGUGUCUGGUGCCCAUCACUGAGCAGGACUACAGCUGCGCCAACCACAACAACUUCGCCCGCUCUUUUCACCCCAUGCUGCGCUACACCAACGGCCCCCCGCCCAUCUGAGGUACCCCCUCACUCCACCCCUCCCUUCACCUGCCCAACCACGUGUCCCUCAGGAGGUGGGACAAUAUAAAGUGAAAUGUAUUAGCCAAAGCUGAACAUUUGAAUAUAAUCCAUGUACAGGUGAACACCGCUGCUAUUUUUAUUUUAUUUUUUUAAUUAUUGUUUUUUAUUUUAAAUUAUCGAUCGCAAUCAGAAGUGUAACGACGAUCGGAUCGUUAACCCGAAGCCCGAACGGGAUCCUUCGGGGGGGGGGGGAGAAACAGGACAAUGAAGACGUUAAUCAGACUUUCUAGCACUGACUCGAGGGUAUUUUAAAGGUACUGCACUUAAACUGUCCGGCGAAGAGGCGACGCUGUUUCGAUUCCUGCGUGAAAAAUUAUUUUUUCAUUUUAAAAAGAUUGUAUUUGAGAUACGAAAAGCUAUAUAAAAUCUCACUUCCAGUGAUUUUGAUAAGUAUUUGAAUGCCCUUUAAAAUAUGAUCUAUUUAUUUAAGUUUUUUAAUUUCAUUUUUAUUUUUUUAUCUUUACUCACAGCAUGCGGUUGAUGCUUCUUCUUUUUUUUUUUUAAACACUAAACAAUCACUGAUAGUUACCUGUCUGUAAGAGCCAAGCUUUUUUUUAUGCUAGUAGGUCACUAGGUUGCUAAAAAAGAAAAAUGUAUAAAACCUCCCUUAUGAAAUUGUCAGUGCUUAUUUAUGUGUACAGUUUACUAACACUGACAGUAAAGAAGGCUUUUCAUUAAUAUAUACAUUAUUUGUGUGUGUGCA